AUGCAACUUCUAGCGCUUGGGCCAAUUUUAUUGGGUCUCGCCGCGGCCCAGCAAUACAAGCCGUGUACGGUCGGUUCCGAGCGGAUUUCGAGCAAUGUUUUUGUGUACAAAUGUGUGCAAGGGAAUCCGAGGCUGGGUACACUUGAGAUAUUUGCGGGGUGCCGAUACGAAAACCAAAAUGCUAAACAAGCGACAGCUGCUGUUGGAGAAGCCGUACGCGUCAAUACGCAACCCACUUUAAAUGGCUGGAUUAAAGGCUGCGCAACCGAUAAUGGGAUUAAUUCAUUUAAUGUUAUCGGCUGCUACGUGUACAUGUUUGACGGCAAAAUCACCGAUAUCAAAACGGGCAGCUGGGCGGUGAUCACGGACCCAUUCUUUGGACAAGCGAAGGUGAAUGCGACUUGUGGAGUUGAAGCGAAUGGGUAUACCAUCACGUACGUACCGCUCCAAAAGACGCCUCCUCGACUUGCAAGCACCGUCAAGGCU